AUGGCGUCGUUAUUAGGUACAAGCUAUGAAUCCAGCGAUGAUGAGACAACGCGCCCCCAGAUUCAAAUUACCGCACCAACGGCAACUAAGAUCGUCGCGGCGCCAGAAGUGAAUACAGAGGAUCAAGCUCACAUGCAAAUGAUGCUCGCUAACACGUCCUCCCAAGCUCUCACUUACAAUGCAACAUACGACGACCUCUCUCGCCCCAACCAAGGCCCGGCGAACCCUUUCAAACCAGAUGGUCCCGCAAAUGGGCUCAAGCGCAAAAAUGUGCCAACCGGAUACGCAGAGGAAGCAGCAAUCAGUGCAGCCACCUUCGCCGCGCAACACCGCACUUUCCAGAGCUUAGGGUACACGCGCAAUCCCGGCCUACCGGGCCAGAUCGUAGGCGAUUUAGACCGGGCAGCGCAGCUUGGAGGCCGGGAUAUCGUGCAGAUGAAGCCCUCGAAGGAGGUAUCGGCAGCAUUACGGGCAAAGCGGCAAAGGAAGGGCGAUUCAAGCAUUGUUGAGGGCGAGGGCGCGUAUCUAGGACCGUGGGCGAAAUAUAAGGAUGAUGAUCAUGUAUACGAGGAAACAGAGGCUGCUGAGGAUCGUGAACUUGCCAGUGAUGAGGAAUAUGUUGAAGAAGAGGAAGAGGAGAUCGCCGCAGCUCAUAUGCCUGCCAUGAGCAAGCAGGCGACGGACUACCAGGCUGAUUCGUCCAAAGUGGAAACCACCGAAUUUCACGGGUCCGAACAGUUCGACUACAUGGGACGGACGUACAUGCAUGUACCUCAAGAUCUGGACGUCGAUCUCAAGAAGGAUGUUGGCAGUGUCAAGAACUUCAUCCCCAAGAAGCUCAUUCACACCUGGAAGUCACAUACCAAAGCCAUCACAUCGCUUCGUUUUUUCCCUCAAUCCGGCCAUCUCUUACUCUCGUCUGCAGCGGAUGGCAAGGCGAAGAUUUGGGACGUUUAUCAUUCGCGUGAGCUUCUUCGCACCUUUUCCGGCCAUUCCAAAGCUAUCACCGACACGGAUUUCGACCCCACCGGAAAGACGUUCCUCACAGCAUCCUACGACCGCCAGAUCAAACUCUGGGACACAGAAUACGGCAAAUGCCUCGGUCGUUUCUCUACCGGCAAGACACCUCACGUUGUUCGAUUCAACCCCGGCGCGGAACACUCCCACGAGUUCCUGGCCGGUAUGUCAGACAAGAAGAUCGUCCAAUUUGACACCCGCUCCGGCGAGCUGGUCCAAGAAUACGACCACCAUCUCGCAGCAAUCAACACCAUCACCUUCGUUGACGAAAACCGCCGCUUCAUCUCCACAUCCGACGACAAAUCCCUCCGCGCCUGGGAAUACGGCAUCCCCGUGCCGAUCAAAUUCAUCGCGGAACCAUACAUGUUCGCCCUCACACGAGCAGCACCCCAUCCAAACGGCAAAUACGUCGCCUUCCAAUCCGGCGAUAACCAGAUCGUCGUCUACGGUGCCACGGACAAAUUCCGCCAAAACCGGAAGAAGAGUUUCCGCGGUCACAAUAACGCCGGCUAUGCCAUCGACCUCAAGAUCUCUCCAGAUGGCCAGUUCAUUUGUUCCGGUGAUAGCGCCGGAUACGUGUGCUUCUGGGAUUGGAAGACCGGGAAAAUGUACCACAAAAUCAUGGCGAGCGGUAAGGAAGGUGGUGCGACGACCUGUCUUGACUGGCAUCCUCAGGAGACGAGUAAGGUUGCUACUGGCGGAUUGGAUGGUGUGAUUCGGUAUUGGGAUUAG